UAUCUCACUAAGAUUAAACUUUCGAUUCAUGUAAAUUAAUUUAGUCCAUUUCUUCUCUCAAGUAGUUGAUAAUAUCUUAGCCAAAUCCUAUUAGAAAACACAGGUAAAACUAUAUUGCACCGAGAGCUUUGAGUGACGACCAAUCAAAAUUAAGCCUGAUCAUGUUCAAUAUUAACCGCGAAUUCAAAACACUUUUGCGGAUAGCUUUUUGUUGGAAAUGAUUAUUUUGAUUAAACUUUGUAUUUUAGAGGAUUGAAUGAUGAUUUUCAUGUAUAAUAAAGUGUUAAGGUCAAUAUGUUCCAUUGAGGAAUAUUAGGAUUAUAAAUAGUUUCCCAGGAGUACUAGGGUUCAAGAUGAAGCUGAGCAAGGAGUUCGAGUUUAGCUGGGUUACUACAACUCUACGAUUUACAGCUUAAUUUAUAGAUAUUUAGCCUUUAUACAUUCAUUGUUCAUACUAAAAUUCUUAACCAUCUGUAAUUUUAUCACUUUCUGUAUUUAAAAGCUCUUACGCAAAACUUGCAGUCUGAUUAAUUUUUUUAUUGUUGAACCUCCAAAUUAUCCUUAAAAAAUCGCUUAGGGCCUGUCUGUACUAGUAGAGUUUUACUAAAACAAUUUUUAAAAUGAUAUAGGACCAAUUGUCUUUUAUUUUUUUCCGGGGUUGGUGGGCAAUUUUUAGGGCCUGGUGAUUCUCCACGUGAUAUUUCCUUGAUUGGUCUUAGUGUUGGGGUUGGCGUAGGCGCUGUCGGACCCUCUUCCCCAUCCUCCUCAUCGUCAUCCAUGGGAGGACAAUUACAAAAAUCACCCGUCAGUAUACAAAUAAGUUGGCAACCACCUAUUCAUCCAAAUGGACCUUUAACAGGUUAUCUACUUUAUUACACGAUAAAUCAUAGUUUACCUUUAAUGAAAUGGUCGAAACGACAUUUACCACCGGAUAGUUUGAAUACAGUUAUUUCUGGACUUGUACGUAAUGCUAUUUAUGCAUUUUGUUUAAAAGCUACUAAUUCAUUUGGUGAUGGUCCAAUUUCAUCAGUGAAAUUUUAUCGUACACCAGAUGUUUAUGGUCAAGGCGGUGGUGUUCUAACAUUUGCCGAACAUGAUUCGAUGAAAUCUAUAAAUCCAAUUAGUUCAUUAAAACAUCAUGAUAGCAUAGAUAAUGAUAAAAUUGUCAAUUAUCCAGCAGAUUUAAUCUUUGUCAAGCAACCUACAACAUUAUUAAAUAAUGGGAAACAAUAUUAUGGUGGUAGUAAUACCACAACAAUUGGUACAGUUCUAUAUACACCAAUAAAAAAUUCCUGGUUAAUUUUUGGAAUUAUGAUUGGAUUUUCAAUAAUGAUUCUUAUAAUUAUUGUAAUUUCAUUAUUUUAUCGAAAACAUCGUCGUAAUUUUGGUCCAUUAAUGAAUUAUAAACCUGGACAAAAUUUAACUCGUUUACCUGAUGGGGAUAAUUUAAACGAAACUAGUAAUAAUGCUACUAACAAUCGAAAUCGUAACAUAAACACCCAGAACAAUUCAAUUUCUUCGCAAUAUUUUGGAAAGAAACGUAAAUGCCUUACAAAAUCUUCAUUUGGUGGAGUUGGUGCAAAUGCAGGUACGACAGCUGGUAAUCAAGACGUAGCCUUAUUAAUGAGUAAUGGCGAAGCACUGUUAGCUUCGGAUAACAUGGAUUGUGGUGUUGUUGAUGGUCUACAACAACCAUUAUCUAAUUUAUUAGUUAGUGGUGCUUUAGUCACUAUGCCGAAUGUGUUGACAACAUCAAUGAAUUUAUCGUCAGCUACUGUUGGCGUCGGUGCUUCUAGUGGAAGCGGUGUUGUUGGUGCUGGACAAAUUUCAUCAGCUGGAAUUACACCAAAUCAAGGUGUGUUAUAUCAUAAUCAGGACAAUAUGAAUACUGGUUCAUAUUCAUGGGAUCGUGAUUCUGACUCGUUACAAUUCGCUUCUGUAUCACAAGAACGUACAGUUGAUAGUAGUCAAUCGCCCAAUAAUAUAACCACUGGUGGUCAUGGACAAAUGACUCCAACAAACGGCGGUAGUGCUGGAAGUACAAAUUCAGCCCAUGGUAGCAUUGGUACACCGACAAGAAUAAUACCUAAUUUAGCCUAUCAUCAAGUACAUGGUUUUCCGAAUGAUCCAACUUUGGGCUAUUCUUACCCAACAGUGUCAAUAAUUCCAAAUAUAGUUAAUCCUAUGAUCAUUCCUUCACGUCCAUCAGUCAAUAAUAUUAGUAUUCCAAUUACUGGUUAUCCAAAUCAUUUAAUCCCUUCUAUUAUGCCAUCAAAUAGUAUUAAUAAUAAUAGUAUUAGUAGUAAUAAUAAUAUGAACAAUUAUUUAGUACACUAUUAUCCGACUACAUCUAUGUAUAAUCAUCAUUUAAAUAAUAGAAUGCCAACAGAUCGAUUUCCAUCGAUAGUUGCUCAUCAACCUCCACCUCAUAUGGUCUACACUGGACAAUCAUCAUCAAGAUAUCAUGUACCGUGUAAUAUCGACCAGUCUCAAUUGGUGGCUACAUAUGCUCAUGUAAUUAAUCCAUCCGCCUAUACACCUGUUGGUCAACCAGGAUUUGUCAAUGUGAAUACACCUCGAGUAAAUGCAGCUGAAAUUAUGUCAUUUACAAGUUCAGAAGAUAUCGGACCAGCAGUAUCAACUUCUGUGAAUGAAAAUGAUUUAACGCAGAAAUUUCUACCUGUUAAUGGAGAUGAUCAUUCGCGGAAUAAGGCAUACAUUAGUAGUCCUGCAAAUCAUACACAUACUACACCUAAAUCUAAACGUACUUCGUCCGGAGCAACUGGUUCUCGUUCAAUAACAUCACCUAGACGGCGACCAUUGCCUAAUUCAAAUCGAAAUGAGCGAAAUGCUGAUUUACAUUCCAGUAGAUCUGUUGUGGUAGACCAACAGAAUUGCAUGAAUCGUAGUAAUAAUAAUAGUAAUAACAAUACAAUGACACACAUGAAACAAGGAUCUAAUCGUAAUUCUGUAAUUGCAAAUAACAAUGGAGUUGAAGGUGAACAUGAGGGUGUUCAAAAAGCAUUUAGUAGUGAAGAACUUACACAAGAAAUGGCUAAUUUAGAAGGUUUAAUGAAAGAUCUUAGUGCUAUAGCUCAAGAAGAAUUUAAUUGUUAAUAUUUUCACUAGAAAUAUAAAUAUCAUUUAUUAUUAUCAUUAUUAUUAUUAUUAUGUAAUUAUUGUAAUUGUUGAGUUGUUUUUGUAUUUUCUUCAAAAUGAAAUUGCAUUUUAUUUUAAUCGGGAUAAUGAUGGUGAUAUAAGUUACUUGUACAUUUAUGCACAAUAUCAAUCAUGAUAUAGAUACUAUAUUUGAUUAUUUUCCUCCCUUUCUCCCCUCUCCCUGUAUGUAUGUAUGUGUGUGUGUGACAUAAUUAUUGAUUCAAAUCAAAAUCUUUGUAUAUUUAGAAUGUAACAAUACCUCAAUGCGUAUGCUCAACAUAUUUAUUAUUCUCUUAUUCUUGUUUAUACUUAUUUCAAUUUAUUAACAUCUAUGGUAUUAAUUUCCUAUUAUAUUCAUUUAUUUAUGUAUCUGUUUUAAGGUUGUCAGCUUACUACUAUUGUGCAAUUUCACUGCUCUCUACUCUCUUCUGUAAAACAGAAUCAUCAGUUCAUAAUACUUUUCAAUAAAAAAUAGCUGAUGGAAAUGAUCUAAUUCCCGAUUUUUGUUUCUUUAGUGUUUUCUUUUUCUAUUUUCAGAUUUACUCCUACCCUUACUCAUUUUCUGUUUGGGCAUCUAUUUUUUUUAUAUCGAUUAUCCUUGAUAUGUAUGAAGUUGCUUCUUUACUGUUCGUUCUAAUGACAUUCAUUUAUCUCUCUCGUCAUUUUCGGUGAUUUCCUGUUACUACUUAUUUUAAGAUAAGUAGUAUAUAUGUAUUACACAUAAACUGUUGAAUAUAUUUAGGGAAUUUAUGAUUUUUAAUCUAAAUUUUUCAUUCUCUCGUUAGGUUUUGUUAUUUUACUAAUACAGCAUUUUUUUAAAGUUUAUCUUUUCCUUUUUAAAAAAUGAUGUUUAAAUAAUGAGACCAUGACCAUUUUUGUCUGUGCUGAUUUUUGUAUUGUAAUUAUUCAUGGUAUACAUUCUUCGUUUAACUAUCCCCCCCUCAUCACUCUUCAUCUUCUUUCUCUCUGUCUUGAUGUUUCUUGUACACUUUAUAUUGUAUUCUGUUUCUUUUUUGUUUUUGUUUUUUUUUGUUUCCUAAACGAAUUGGUUAUUCCUCCGAAAGGAAUACAAUAUAUGAAUCAAUAGUAAUGAUAAUGUAUAUUUUCGUUUAUCUUUGCUUUGUGUAUCCAUCACAUUUAUGUACAGAUCAACAAUAAAUUAUUCUACUCAAAAAAUGAGUUUCCGUUCUUUUAUUCCUGUUAUAUACCAUAUGAAUUUCUACAAACUAGUUAAUCAAUUAAUUAUGGUUUAUGGGUAAAAAUAAACAGCGGGAUAAUUCAAAUGUUUAUUAAUAAUGAUCUAAAAAUCGUACCUGUUACACAAGCUAGUGGCUGACGUACUGUAUGUUUAAGGCGAUGUGUACUAUAUCUGAACUCCUAUGUAACCAUCAACACUGAAACGCAGAUACAUCUAGCCAAUAAUUUAUAAAUAGGAUGAAACUCGUAUCCGCUAUUCCUUCUACCAUUGACUUCAACUCUGGACAUACACAGUAAGUAACUGUGUCGAAUAAAGUAUUGUUUAACCUGCAAUUUAGUUCCUCAUUAAUGAUCGUCAGUUUGGUAUCUGGUAUAACAUGAUCUCCAGCCUGUAUACCGUAUCAAUCGAGUAUCCAGUCUUGUGAUAGCAUACCCUUGAUCACCUGUCCCUGUUAUUGUAUUAUAAUAGUAUAUGAUAGCUACGAAGCGAAAAAUUCAUUCUCCCAGUACUCUCAGAAUAUGAGUGGGGUUUGACAACUCAUGAAAUAACCGAAACGUAUUUUAUUUCAUUGUUGGCCAAUCAAAAACUUAUUAUUGAUGAAUGGUUUGUGGAAAAAAUGUACGUAUCUACUAAAGUUUGCUGCAUACGU